UGCCUGCAGUAUAUAUAUAUAUAUAUAUUUCUUUUUGUUUUCUCUAUCAGAUCAACAAAUGUUCAGGGAUGUUCAGCUGCUGCUGCAGCAGCAGCAGGAACAGCAUCAUCGGGAAAUGCAGCUGCUGCAGCAACAGCAACAGCAGUUGCAGCAACUGAGGGAGGAGCUCCUCCCUCAGCAACAAGAGGAUCACCGACCGAGGGAGGAGCCCCUCUCACAGGUGCAAGAGAUGGAAUCCGGCGAGGAGGCGAAGCCACCGCGAAAAAGAGGAGUGGCGGCAGGGAGAUCACGGCGCCUGAGGGGUUACCGGGGGGGUCAGGGUAGGGGGGGAGGGGAACAGCAGGAAGGGGAAGGGGAAGGGGGGGCCGGGGUAAUAUUGUCAAGUUAUGUUUCUAUUAAUCAGGAUCCUGAACCAGGAUCUCCCUAG